AUGCACCAGUAUUGCGCAGUAUGGAACGCUGGAUGCAAGUGUCGACCGCCGUAUGGACUCGAGGACGUCAUUGACAGAGGAGGCAGUCGUUUAACAUCUGCCGAGGACAAUGUCGGACGGGUACGCUUCUUGUCGCCAUCUCUUAUCUCUGCUCUUCGCCCCUUUCACUCGUGUGUGCGCGUACCUGUCGCCUCGCCGCUCCCUGCUAUCGUAUCUUUCCACACCCAUGAGCCCGUGGCGAUUGAGGCGGAGGUCGCCGCCGUGGAGGUGGAGGCGCCCGCGGAGGCGAUGGACACGAUGACGGCGCUGCAGCGCGUGCUCAAGAAGGCGCUGGCGCACGACGGGCUGGCGCGCGGGCUGCACGAGUCGGCGAAGGCGCUAGAGAAAAGCAGCGCUCAGCUGUGCGUGCUGGCGCAGGACUGCGACCAGGAGGACUACAAGAAGCUCGUUCAGGCGCUGUGCCACGAGCACAACAUCAACCUCAUCCAGGUGCCGAGCGCCAAGACGCUGGGCGAGUGGGCGGGGCUGUGCAAGCUGGACUCGGAGGGCAAGGCGCGCAAGGUCGUCGGCUGCGCCUGCGUCGUCGUCAAGGACUAUGGCGAGGAGACUGAGGCACUGAACGUGCUCAACGAGUACCUCAAGUCCAAGUAG